AAACCCCUAAAACACAACUCAACAAGAAGGGAAGGGUGGUUUCGGAACUUUAAAAAUCCCCGGAGGUGGUAAGAAAACCCGACGGAGAAGAAGGAGAAGAAGAAGCCGUUGAACUCAAAAAAGAUUCCGUCUUUCGGAUUUUUCCGAGUCCGAAUUCAGCUGGGUAAGCUUACCCCCCAAUCCUCCAUGGACGAACUUGUGAUUGCUACUUGUACCCGCCGCUGAAUAUUUUUCUCAGGCCACUGCAUUUCCUAUCAAUUCAAAAGGUUUUCUCAGUUUUAAAGGCUCCAUUUUGCGUUACUAGUUGGACCAACUCUUGCUGGAAUCAUGGGAAGUGCGUUCAAUCCACAGAUUUUAGUGGAAAAGCUAGCCAAGCUCAAUAGUUCGCAAGCAAGCAUAGAGACUUUAUCACAUUGGUGCAUUUUCCAUAUGAAUAAAGCAAGACAAGUUGUUGAAACAUGGGCUAGGCAAUUUCAUUGUGCUCCACGCGACCAGAGAUUGGCUUUCUUGUAUCUUGCAAAUGAUAUUUUACAGAACAGUAGGCGAAAAGGUUCAGAAUUUGUUGGUGAAUUUUGGAAGGUUCUUCCAGAUGCUCUUCGUGAUGUAAUUAAAAGUGGAGAUGAAUUUGGAAGAAAUGCAGCACAACGAUUGGUUAAUAUAUGGGAUGAUAGAAAAGUUUUUGGUUCACACGGCCAGAUUCUCAAGCAAGAGUUUGUUGGACAGAACCCGGAAAUUAGUAACAGAAAUGGGAAGCAUUCGGGUGCCAGAUUGCAUCCUGCUGGAACUGCGUUGGACAAAAUAGUUUCAGAUUACCAAGCUAGUCAUGGCCAGAUGGAUGAGGACACUAUAUUGAGCAAAUGCAGGAGUGCUAUUAGCUGUCUAGAGAGGGUUGAUAAGGAAAUUGGUGCCGAUUUCAACUCAGGGCAAUUUCAUGGGUCUGCAUUUUUGGAGGAGGUUCAGGGUCAGAAUGCUAUACUAAGGAAUUGUAUUGAACAACUAAGAGCUGUUGAAUCAUCAAGAGCUAAUCUUGUGUCUCAUCUAAGAGAGGCUCUUCAGGAGCAGGAGUACAAGCUAGAUCAAGUCCGAAACCAACUUCAGGAUGCAGAGUCCCAGUCAGAGCUGGCCACUAAUAUCUGCCAUCGGUUAAUGAAUGGCGACAAUGCACAACAGAUUGCAGUCCAGAGCUCAAAGGAAGCUCAUACCUCUGUAGCACCUUCCAGCUUUAUGGUAGGAAGAGAACAAUCAGCUCCAGUAAUGUACACACAGCAGGUUGCUUUUGCUGAAAAAUCCAGUCACGGGGAGGAAGAUUCGCGCAAGUCUGCAGCUGCUGCAGUGGCAGCAAAGCUGACCGCAUCAACAUCCUCGGCCCAGGUGCUCUCUUAUGUCCUCUCCUCUCUGGCAUCCGAGGGUGUCAUCAGCAAUCCCAUUAACGAGUCUUCUGGUGAUUAUCCAUCCGAAAAGAGGCUUAAGCUGGAGCAUGACCAAUCGUCGUCCUAUUUACCCCGGAGCCCUAACCCGUCUGCCUCUCCUCCGUUCUCGCAUUCUGAAUCUCACCCGCACAAUGUCCCUACCACCAACCAACAAUACACUCCCACUCCCAGUGAGGCACCACCUCCCCCAUCAUCUUCUCCUCCACCACUUCCACCAUUACCACCCCAACCACAGUACCAAGUGCCCCAAUAUGUGCCGUCUCCUGGACAAUACACCUACAACGUGGCCCAACAACAGCCACCCCCAAUGCCUAGUUAUCAAGCAGGAGCUCCAGUAAAUGGCGUUUCUCCCUUCAUGACACCGGCCAAUUCUUAUCAGAGUUUUCAAGGUUCAGAUGGUAAACUCUACAACCAGCAAUCACCGGUGCAAAUGACGCCGAUUUCGAGGCAAUAAAAAUCUCAGUUUCAAGAGGGGAGAAGGUUGUGCUGUAGUUUCUCCCUGCAGAAGGAACUUUCUUGCUUUUGUGCCUCUAUUUAACUGCCUAAUUAAAUCUGCAUAAAGUAAAUUAUUGUAAUUUUAAAAUUUUCAGCUGCUCAAAUCGUGGGGUUACUUAAAAUUUAAAACUUUCAUUCACUGUUUGAAUGGAGCAAAAUAGCAUUAGGAAUGUUAACUUGUGCGUAUCAGCUAUUGCCGCCGGUUGUGGAAUGUUUUGGUGUUUUUUAUAGGGUAAAAUUCAGACACACCCGAUUGGACAUAAGAUAGAUUUUCCUUGUACAACUGUCUGUAGUUCCCUGUAACAUUUGAUCCCAUUGAUAAUCUGUUUGGUUAUGUAAUUGUAUUCAAUUAAGUGUUAA